AUGAAGAGCCAAAGUUAUUCCCUGGCAGAAGAACGUGCUGAAUCCAAUACUACAUACCCGCUAACCACUGAGCCGUGUCCAAUUAAAGUGAGACGUCGAUCGACACAGCGUCUCGCCAGACACUCGGACCAGCGCGUGGACCGGCAUGUGUUGCUUCAACAGGCUAAGCGCCUAGGUGUUAAAGAACCCGUUCCUGCAUCGUGUUACAUUUGGAAGUUGACCAAUAUGAUUGUGGUUUAUGCUCCGUACUCCGUACAGUCCACUGAUGUGACCUACAACAUCCAGAGUUGA